CCGCUCAGCUUGGCUGUUUUCUUUGUUGUGGUUAUUUGUCUGAAGUUUCGACCAAUCUUCAGAGCUGAAAAGCCAGAUCAAAUCGAAAAGGUAAAGGGCUGAUACUUAAGGAUGCAUCUGCUUGUCACAAACUUAGAAGCCUACUAAGGACGAAGAUACACAUGAAUACCACGAUAUAUAUGUAAUAAACUGUUUAGUUCUUCGCCUGUUAGGGGUGAGAUAUUCACGACGACGUCACGCAUUCAUAAUUGCGCGUUAGUGCUAUAAACUGCUUUCAAGGAAGCGUGCAGACUGAUCACGCUUCUUAUCUCAGGUACAUCUGCUGUAACCCCUUUAAAAUAAAAACAAACAAACAAAUAAAAAAUAGUAUUCACAACUAAAGCUCCUAGAUGUCGCGUCUAAUAGGAAAAAUUGGUACGUUAUUGACAGCUGUUUUGCUAUCACAUUUACAGACAGAAAUGUUGGUGCAAGGAGACUGGGUCGAGCUGGAAAGAUCAGAGAUUAAACUUGACGAAAUGCUAGGUGAGGGUGCCUUUGGUGAAGUUUAUAGGGGUGAGGUACAAAUUGGUGGAGAAAAGAAGCCAUGUGCAGUGAAGAAAGUUAAAGGUAAAAUCGUGUUCAUUGCAUUACUUAACGUCUCCUAGUGUUAAAUCCCAGACAUUUAAUAUAUUUAGUCCUCACAAUAAAAGCAGUUUACAGUCAUCAUCAUCAUCAUCAUCAUCAUCAUCAUCAUCAUCAUUAUCAUCAUCAUCAUCAUCAUCAUCAUUAUUAUCGUCAUCUAUUCUAUAGCAAAGGUAACCGUUGGCCAAAGAUUAUUACAAAUUUAUGAAAUUGUCAAUCUAUGCUGUAGGCAUGUCUUCCAGUAUUUUCGUUCCUCAUACGUUUAUAAGACCUUCGUUCUAGGCCGGAAUCCUUCUGUAAGCUCUGUAACACUUAUGUCUUAAGCGGUGACAAUUGUCCUUCUGUUCCCUACUGCAGAAAACGCAACAACGCUAGAAAAGCGAGACCUUUUGAAUGAGCUUAAAAUUAUGGUCACAGUUGGUGAGCAUUCAAAUGUUGUGAGUCUCAUUGGAGCCUGUACAAGGAAUGGUGAGUAGUGGACAUUUCUAGUAGUCAUUUUAAAAUUUGAUUUUAGUAGAGGAGAAUGGAUUUCAAUGAGAUUUUUUUUUACCUUUGGUAGGAUCUUUAAGGGUAAGGUUUACUUUGCAAGGCCCAUUUAAACAGUUCUAAUAAUGUCUCCGCAACGCUGGGUGACAUAGGAAGGGAAUUUUAAAUAAAAACAAACAAACAAAAUAACGACUUCGCAGCGUCUUCUGUCCAUCUAUGUUGGAUGAAGUUCGACCAGUUUGUUAGAUCUCAUGAACAGGCCUUGCGCUCAAGUCACAAGGCUUUUGGUUCUUGAUGUAGAAGAGUUCUUUAAAGGGAAGGUCAGUGUUUCCAGGCUAUCACCAAACAAUGUAUUUAAAUGCAAUUAUUAUAUAAUCACUUUUUUCUCCAGAGCCAAUAUUAGUGAUCGUCCGACUGGCAGAAAAUGGCUGCUUGUUGAGUCACCUUAGGAAAACUCGAGAACGUCAAUACAUCAAUUUUAAAGUAGAGAGCGCCGUGCAUUUCACGCCCGUCGAUAAAAUCACGAUUGCUAGAGAUGUGGCCAAUGGAAUGUGGCACCUGUCAAACAAAAAAGUAAAAUAUAUAUAUAUAUAUUUUUGUAUUUUACAUUUCCCUUAACACCCCUUUUUAUGCAAACUAUACAUGGUUUCGCAUCCGUCAUCAUCAUCACUAUCAUCAUCAUCAUUAUCAUCAUUAUCGUCGUCAUCAUCAUCAUCAUAAGCAGCAUCAGCAUCAGCAUUAGCGUUAUCAUCAUCAGUUAUAUAAUGGUCAUCAUUAGAUAAUAAGAUUUGUCGACCCCAUUCUUUAUAAGUUAAUUAAAGGCUAUUUGAAUUCGUUUUGUUUCAGUGUGUGCACCGUGACCUUGCGGCCCGGAACGUGUUGCUCGGCAAGAAUAACGUUGCCAUGGUUUCUGAUUUUGGUCUGUCGCGUGAUGUGUAUGAAAGUGGCGAAUACGAAAACACAUCUGGGGUAGGAUUAAAUAACUAUUAUUAAUGGCGCUUAAGUCGAUUGCUAUCGUCUACCAGCUCCUCAGCUUCAUUCAUCGUUUACUUUCUGCUUCUUAUGACUUUUACUUAAAGGGAAUACUACCUGUUCGAUGGAUGGCGAUCGAGUCUCUAGAGGAUUACAUCUACACUACCCAGACUGACGCGUAAGUUAUCCUGAUUUUCAAUCUUACAGUCAUCGUUUAAACUUCCUGGCAUCCGUCUGUCUAGGUAAAAAAUGGAAUCAGUGCCACUGUUUAGUCAGUGGUUGAGUAGCAGACCCUGCUGUGGCUGUACAGUCCCAUUCCAGAUCGGCAGGCUGUGUUGCAGGUUAAUGUUCCGUGCUUAGCUCUGUGGGUAUUGAUGCUGCCCUCAGCCGUCUGCGCUCUCUCCUUUCUUCCCACUGCUCCCUUUUCCUCUCCUAACAAGCCUGACUGUCUGCCUUGACAGCAAGCCUCCAGUGACUUCGAUCUGCAGCUACUGCUUCCCAACCUGCAAGGUUGAUAUUGCCUGCCUCGAUCAGAUCUCGUUGACAAACAUCUUUGCAACGAAGGGUAGGCCUUCCUGUAGGUCUAGUUCCAGUUGCAAGCUCACCGUAGAGUAUGCCCUUAGGAAUUCUCCCGUCCCGUCCCGUCCCGUCCCAAUUAAGCCGUCUCUGACGAACGAGGUCAACAUACUAGGUACUCCCACCUGUGCUAGGUCAUCCUUGUUUGUGACUCAGUCUUGCCAGCUGAUGCUUAAAAUCCUUCUGAGGCAGUGCAGGUGGAGGGCGUUGAGUCUGCGUUCUUGGUGGCCGGAGUAGAGGGUCCAGGUCUCUCUACAGUAGAGCAGCUUGCUGAGCACGCAAGCCUGGUUUACCUUAACAUGGUAGUGCUGCUGCUUUGCCAAUACGUUUGUGUUGUUCAGUGUUUAGAGAGAUCAGAGGUUAUUUGAACUUGAAAAUGCAACAAAUGUAAACUGUAUGCAUACCCAUUGCUCAAUGACAACUUUUGGCAUCUUUCCUGCAAAGUUCAUGUUUUGUCUUGUCUUGUAAUGUACAGUGUAUAUCGGGUACGCAGGCUUUUUAAUUUCCGCGUAUGUAACCGCGUUUUGGUGAGCUAAUGUCCUGGAGUCGAAUCACCGCUCUCGAAGCUAUGCUUUCUACACGUAGUUUUCAAAUACUACAGGAACUUGCAGAAACACGAAAUAAAAUAAUAAUCAAAAGGCAUUGAGUUAAUUUAGACAGAGGUUGUGUUUAGCCUUUGGACUUUUGCGUCUAAUUUCUGCGGGUCGUUUUGUUUCUUUUGCCACAUUUUUGCUCCUAUAAAUAUUAAUCUACACCGUUCAAUUAUUUCACAGUUGAAAUAAGUCUUGAUUAAAGUUUAUGGACUGAUCUGUAAUCCUGAGUUGCAGUGUCCAUAAACAAUUUUAGUGAAUAUUACAUAUCCCAACCUCUCUGUCCCAUAAUUUUCUGUCGGCGAUAAUCAGUAAUUCUGCCUCGUUAUGUCGGUAGUCAGUUAUGUAUUUUCCCGCUACUUGUCGUUAGUCGGUAAGAUCCAUUCAGACCCUCCUUCAACGUUUACUUAGUAUACAGACUGAAAUUCUUCUGAUUUGGAAGUUUCGAAAAUCAUUUCAAAGAAUGUGUGUUAAUCUGUAUUGCUUGACAAGUUUCGCGGCUAGUGGGCGCUCUUUACAGAGCUCUUUACAGAGCAAUAGACUUAUAUUUUAUAUUUUUCUUUCAUUUAUUGAUACCCUUGUACUUCCUUCAUUAUGACAAUUAAGUAUUAUGUACCAGUGAAUCCCCUUCAGAUUGCAGCGUAAAUCCCCCAAGUUCCCAGUGGUUAUGGAAAAUGACUUAAGAUAUAUGUUACAGUGCAUAAAACGGACAACCAACUGAACAAAUUCAAGAGCCCAGAUUUCAAGUGACGGACAUGAUCGAAUGGAGAGAAAAAUCCAACCUCCCCCCCCUCCGCCAAGAAAAAAAAUCCGACCAAAAAAUGACAUAACACGUUGUACUUUAUUCGCAGAUCUACACGCCCGGGAUACGCAGGCACUACCACGAAACUUCAGAUUGUUUUGCUUACCAGAACAAUCCCUACUUAAGUCGAGCGUCCCCCCCUCCCCCCGCCCCCCGCCCCCCGCCCCGACAAAGAAACAUGCGCAAUUUGCCUACCCCAAAAAAUCCCAAGGUCAAAAAUUUCGAACCAAUCCAAAUUCCUCGUUCAUCCCUGUCUCCUGAAAUCCGGAGUACCCCGUCCCUCCUGGGACAGAAAUACACCGACCUGAAUACAAUAUUGUCUGUUACUCAAAGUGCUUUAUUUUCACAUAUUUUUUGUCCUCUCCAUAUAGCAGUAGUGUGUCUAGCUGUUCUUUGAAUUGUGCGCAAUAAAGAAGCUAUAGAACCAAGCAAAUAGCCCACCUUUAUUACAAUUUUAAAGUGUAAAAUCUCUGGAAGACGUCUUGUCAUCUCUUUGGAGCGUUAUUAAAAGUUUUCCAAAGGAUUCAUACUGGUGAAGAUGUGUGGCCUGUCACCUCUUGCACUUUGGGCUCCGCAGCCUUGUACUGGCGGAGGCAAGCGAAGACUUAAGCAGGGAAACAUUGCCCCGGAACGAUAACAUUUACUCACUUUCUGAGUCUUUUUCCAGCCUAUUUAUCUAAGUCCCUUCUUAGGCCCAGGUUGGCGGGGGGGGGGGUUUUACAUUGACUGGUGCAUUAGUGACAUCCUUCUCACAGAGACGCAGCAGUACAUUUCAUCACGAGGUUUUGUCCAGCUAAACAUUUUUUAACGUGUAGUUUAUUAUUAUUGGAGCCUGUGGUUUCCUUACAGUUUCUGCUUCUUUUGUAUAGAUUCGGUGCAGUAUAGACAUGAAAAAUUUAAAGUUAAUUUUUUUUCUAUUUUCUUUUUCUCUCUUAAGAUGGUCAUUUGGAGUU